UUGAUUCAACUUCUUUUUAACUUUGUGAUGUCGCACGUAUAAUGGAUUCCGUAAGAAAAAAACAGUCUCAGGAAAUCGAAUCACUGUUUUACACACCACACCAUGUGUUGGCUAACUGAGAACCCUGCGUUGUUUUUACUUUAUAUAUAUUUCGUCUAUUAUUUCCACAAAUAAUUACAAAGUUCAGGUGUUUCAGACAUUAAAAAGAAAAAAAAAAAAAAAAAGGGACAUGGCAGGUGAGGAGGAGACGACAACGACGAGCUCUGAAACAACACUCGAAACAACCCCGACAUGGGUUGUUGCCACGGUUGUUUUUGUUUUGAUUUUGGUCUCCAUCUUUCUUGAGUAUUUGCUUCAUCUUUUGGCUAAGUAUUUCAAUAAGAAGAGAAGGAAGUCACUCAUUCAAGCCCUUGACAAGAUCAAAUCAGAAUUAAUGCUGUUGGGCUUCAUAUCAUUGCUGUUAACUGUAACCGAAAAGCGAAUAGCAAACAUUUGUAUCCCAAAGAACGUAGGCGAAACUUUUCUCCCUUGCAAUGAUCCUUUAAAUGAUAGCGAAGAGGAAGCAAAAUGCCAAGACCAGGGAAAGGUAUCAUUGUUGUCAAGACAAGGUGUGAAGGAACUUCAAUACUUGAUGUUUAUUCUGGCUUUCUUCCAUUGUUUGUCUUGCGUCCUUACAUUCAGUCUUGGAAUGGCAAAGAUAAGAAGAUGGAAAUCUUGGGAAGCUGAAACAACAACACUAGAAUAUCUUUUCUCAAAUGAUCCUCGGAGGUUCCAACUUAUCCAUCAAACAUCAUUUGCAAUGCGACACCUGAGAUUCUGGAGUGACCACAAAUUUCUUCGUUGGCCGGCAUGUUUUGCUCGACAGUUCUAUUCAUCUGUUUCCAAAGUGGACUACUUCACGCUCAGACAUGGAUUCAUUACGGCCCAUUUUUCAGAGGGAAGCAAUUUUGACUUCCAAAAGUACAUAAAAAGAGCUUUGGUCAAGGACUUUGGAGUGGUUGUGGGGAUAAGCCUCUGGAUUUGGAUCUUCUCAGUGUUGUUCAUAUUCUUCAAUGCACAUGAUUUUCAUAAUUAUCUCUGGCUUCCUUUCAUUCCGCUACUGAUGUUAUUGGUGGUUGGGACACAACUACAAGGCAUCAUAACAAGGAUGUGUUUGGACAGCCAUAACAGGUCCCAAGUAGUGAGAGGAACAUUUCCGGUUAGGCCUAGUGAUGAUUUCUUCUGGUUUGGCUGGCCUAAACUGCUUCUCCACUUCAUGCACUUCAUUUUGUUUCAGAGCUCUUUUCAAUUAGCAUUCUUCACCUGGACGUGGUAUGAAUUUGGAUUAAGAUCGUGUUUCCAUCGAAGUACUGAAGACAUCGUGAUAAGAGUAGUAAUGGGAGUUUUGGUUCACAUCCUUUGUGGAUAUGUUACUCUGCCUCUCUAUGCUUUAGUCACUCAGAUGGGGACAUCAAUGAAGAAAGCUGUGUUCCCUGAAAACGUGGUGGAAGGUCUAAAAAGAUGGCGAGCCAAUGCUAGAAAAAAAAUCGCCCUAAAAAGUAACUACAUUUCAGCACGGCCUUCACUCGAGACCGCAUCUUCCUUCGGAACUUCACCUUCUUUCAGCCUCGAUCCGUCUCAUUCGGUAAUGUUUGAUCGAGUACCCGAAUCCGAUCACCUUGCCGUCGAGAUGGUGGAAGAUGAAGAAAGGGAAAAUAAGAUAACUAGAGAAGCAGAAAUGGAGCAACAAAAGGGAGAUUCCUUUGGUGGUUUUGAUCUUAGAAAUGUGUCCUGAAAUUAUUGUGGUUAAAUAUCAGCCUUAUGGAUUGUAUAGUCGAUAGUGUCAUUUCUUCAUUUCUUUACGUAGUUAUUAUAUGUUGCUCGAAUUUAGGAUGAGUGUCGGAUAUUAUUACAUAGAUAUAUUUUAUUUAUUUAUUUAUUUAUUAUUCUAAACUAUGGGAAUCAGCAUUAUUAGGCAAGAAAGAGGUCUUAGGAUUUUGUAAGAAAAAAAAAUGUAAUUAAGAUUAGAUUAAUUAUGGAACAAAAUAUGGUUAGGUUUCGUUA